UGAGUACUGUUUUCCUCUUCUGCAGGUUUUCAUCUCUGUGAACUGCCUCAGCACAGAUUUUUCCUCUCAGAAAGGAGUUAAAGGCCUGCCCCUGAAUCUUCAGAUCGACACCUACAGCUACAACAACAGGAGUAACAAACCUGUGCACCGUGCCUACUGCCAGAUUAAAGUCUUCUGUGACAAGGGAGCAGAAAGGAAGAUCAGGGAUGAAGAACGAAAGCAAAGCAAAAGAAAAGGCAAGUGCACUGACCCCAGCUCUCAGUUGAAUGCCUUUUCUGAUGUCAAAGUGCCAAUGCUUCCCUCACAUAAGCGGACGGACAUCACUAUCUUCAAGCCCUUCAUGGAUUUAGACACCCAGCCAGUCCUCUUCAUUCCUGAUGUUCACUUUGCAAAUCUGCAGCGUGGUGCUCAUGUCCUUCCUGUUGCUUCUGAAGAGCUAGAAGGUGAAAGUUCCAGCCUGAAGAGAGGAGGUUACAUUGGUGAAGAGGACUUCAUUGCUACUCCAAACAAAAUGGCCAGAAUAGAAGAACCAAAAAGAGUGUUGCUUUAUGUCCGAAAAGAAUCAGAGGAAGUCUUUGAUGCACUUAUGUUAAAGACACCAUCUCUGAAAGGCCUAAUGGAAGCUAUAUCUGACAAGUAUGAUGUUCCUUUUGAUAAAAUAGGAAAAAUCUUCAAAAAAUGUAAAAAAGGAAUUCUGGUCAACAUGGAUGAUAACAUUGUGAAACACUACUCUAAUGAAGAUACCUUCCAGUUGCAGAUUGAAGAAGUUGGAGGAUCUUACAAGCUGACUCUCACUGAGAUCUAAGAUCACGGAUCCUCUGUGGAUUUUAAGCACAGAUCUCAAGUGAUCAUUUUCCCAUAAUGUAGUGUGUUGGGUAAAACACUGAUCACCUUCUCCAGGAGCAAGUCAGGUGUUGACUUGGUCUGGGGAUCAGAGAAGUGUUUUUGCUUGAUACCUUUGUCUCUGUUCUUUCUAGAGAACGUUGUAAUGCUCAUGAACUUAUUUGCACUUGAAACCAGUGAGCAAAGAACAGCAAUUAAAUAGAGCAUGUAUAAAAGACUAGUAGAUAAGGGAGGGGAAACCCUUGGAAGGUGGCCUUUUAGAGUGGUGAUGUCUUAUUUAUCUAUUCGGUACCCACGAUUGAGCCUGUUAUCAGCUAAUAGCGUUUUACUGGACUGUUUUCUGUUAAGUAGAGCUGCAAAACUACUGACUGAAACUGGUAGGAAUUGCGUGCAGGUUGGAGAAAAGUCAUCAUAAUGUUUACUCUUUAUCAGGGCAGGUUGUUGAAAUCACUUGUGUCACUGGGGGGGAAUGUAAUACUGCCUUGCUUAUGAAGAACUCGCCUUAGUAACUGUGUGAACUCUCAUCAGAUGAAGCUAUAUUGUAUAUAAGUGCAAUAUAUUUUUGAAGGUUUGUAAAUGUGUACAUACAAGUGAUAUAUAAUAUAUAUAAAAUAUGGUGUUUGUGUAUAUACCAUGAAUAUAUGCAAAGAAGCCCAUCUAAAAGGAUGCCAUAUACAGAGAAAACAGAUAUUUAACGUAGCUAUUUAAAAAAAAGGACAAAGCCUUAACAUGCACCAAAGGUGAGCACACAUCGGUACGUUCGUAGAACGCGGAGAGCCCUUGUUCAGCAUGCAUUUUCCUGUGUGGAGGGAAGGGUAGCAGCUCUCCUCAACCCCUCUGGACAGCAAGGCUCUGUCUCCUGCCUGUCCUGGCUCUGAGCAGUGGUGUCCUGCUGCCCACAGGGUGGUCUGGGCUGAGGCCGUGCCCAAGAAAAGCUGAGCACAUUCAGGUUCCUUGAAACCUCACUUUGAGGGGUCAGGAAGUCUCCUGCAGGGUGGAUUUCUGUCUGUGGCAGUGUGUGCUUAGGGUUCCCCCAGACCUCUGCCAAGCCCUGUGGCAGCAGUUCAGUGUGGGGAAGUCCAGUGCUUGGCAAGAUGUUGGGUAGUGCAGCAGGGGCCCUGGAUCAAUGAGGGCAGUUGCUAGCAGCAGUCAGUCUGGUCUCAGCUGCCAGAAACCUCCAAAAAAACUCCAAAACCAGCCACUGCAAUAAGCUCUAUAGUGCUUACUCAUUGUGCCUUUGUGCUUAGGAAGUGAAAGUGCCCUCUGGUUAGCAGCAAGGGAGAGAUGCACAGUAAUGGCUGCAGCCACCUGCACUGCAGGGUGGGAUGUGAGCAGGUAGGAAGUUCUGGGACUGGUGGUGAUGGCAGUGGUCUGCGUUAAUGGGAGGUUUGCAGCACAAAGCUGGGGGGGUUGGACAUGCAUUGCCCUGAGUUGACCUGGACAGGCUGGAGAAGCAGGCUGGCAAAGUAGGACGUGAUUCUGCUGAAUGGUUCGUGUGUCCCCUGAGCCAUCAGCGAGUGGUAACCCAGUGUUGUCUGGCUGCAUCAUGCUGCUGUUUGGAAAAGGGCGUAGAUGCCACGCUGAGUUUUACAGACAGAAGCACAGGCUGCAGAAUGCCUGAGCCUUGCCUGGUGUCCCACUGGGCUCUGAGGGAGCCUCAGGCACAGCACGGUGCCCUGCUUUGGGCCGCCCUUCCCACUGCUGUCCUGCCAGGAGCUCAGGGCUGAGGGAGCGGAGUCUCCAAACGUGUUGAUGUGUGCUCCCACUCCUUGUGGUGGGCUUACGUUGCAGAAAUUCAGGUUGCAGAUGGAGAAGGUUGCCCAGGGAGGGCUGUGGCCUUUGGCAUCAGAGCUCUCCAGAGCCAGGCUGGAUAACAUACCCUGAUGGCUGGGGGUACAGUUAAUCCUGCCCUGGUGCUGAGAUGAGGUUUCUGACUUGAAGUCCCUUCCCGCCAUAUAUUUUGUUAUUAUUUUAUGACGUAGGUGAACUGUGGUAUUUUGGGAUUUAUGCUCGGGCCGACCCCAAGCAUCCCAUUCCCCCUCCUUCCCUCUCUCAGCCCUCCUGCUCGCACCUGCUAACAGCCUGCUUGGGCCUGGAGUGAGCUGGCGUGGCCCUGCCCUCCAUUGGGCUUCCCUUGUGAGUUACGGGCACUGCUGCAAGGGGAUUUUUUAAACCUGGUACAUAGAAUCCGUAUAUAUUGACACAUUUGUAUUGAAAAUGGAAGUUCUAUUACAGAAACUCAAUCUGGGGUCAGGGAAGUAGUUUAGGGUCUCUGUAGGGGUAGGGUUGACACAACCGUUAUUUCUUUUUUACUGUGUAAUGAAGUAUGUGAACUAAAUCUGCCGAUUGUUUUCCUCUAAGGCUCUCUGGGACACGGGUCUUCUCUGUAGCAGCAACCUCAUGUAUGUGUUAUGGAACUGAUUUUUGGUUUUGCCUGCUGUUUUUUUAAUUGAAAACGUAUUUUAAACCAAGCUAUUAAAUUUUAUAUGUUCAUUUCUAA